ACGAGUGCAACUGAGGAAAAUAAUGAAAUAAACACGGCCGCAGGUAACAUAUUUCUCAAUCAGAAGCUAAAGGCAGAGAGGACACCAUGAUUCGGGUGCUACUAGUGCUUGGUCUGGCUUCGCUGUGUACAUCAUACAGUAUAGUUUGCGACCCGUCGAAACCUUUGGUCGUACAAUGUCGCCACCCCUGUCCCCCAGAACGGACAUGUCAGAACAGGAACGGGCCCGAACCUCCCUGUGUACCUCCUACGGAACCUUGUAAGGAAACAUGUGUGUGUGAAGAUGGGUACGCGAGGAACAAGUAUGGAGGGUAUUGCGUCACUUUCGAACAAUGCGAUAAAUGUCCUGGCAACAACCUAUACUUUGCCUGCGAUGGUCCAUACAGCCAGAACUGCACGGGUAGCUGCUAUUGCACAGAUGGCUAUGAAUGCAACGCUAACGGCACUUGUGUCUCAACUGACUCCCCGACGAGUGUUAACCAACCACCUCCGCUACAGCCUCAAACACCACCAACUCCUAAUAAGCUCACCUGUGACAGUGAGACCCGGCACGAGGUCCUGGGCUGCAGAUUCGGCUGUCCCCCUGAAAGGACCUGUCAAAAUCGCAACGGGCCCUUUCCAUCCUGUGCCCCACCACCGCCUUGGCUCAAGUGUACGGACCAAUGCGUCUGUGCGGAUGGCUAUAUUAAGAACGGAAAUGGUGAUUGUAUACCGGAAGAACUAUGUGAUAAAUGUACCGGUCAAAAUGAGUACUUCCAAUGCGAUGGAGUGAACGAACCUGACUGCGAGGGACACUGCUACUGCUUCUCAAACCACGUACGAGACAUAAACGACAAGUGCGUUUACGUCGAUCCGGCGGCACCACCGAAGAUAUUUGACCCACCAAUUGAGACUACAGAAAGGCCAACAUGCCCCAAGCCUGAAGAGUGCGACACCGCAAGCAGGCACGAGAUCUCAGCCUGCGUGUACGGAUGUCCCCCAGAGAAGUCCUGUCAAAACCGUUUCUGGCCGCCUCCACCCUGCGCCCCACCUGGGCCUGAGAUACAUUGCACCAAUAAAUGCAUCUGCGAUGAUGGAUUCUUCAGGAACGAGCCUACUGGUGACUGUGUCACUGAAGAACAGUGCGACCUAUGCCCCGGCGAGAACGAGUACUUCAAGUGCGAUGGAGUAAAUGAGCCUGAUUGCUAUGGUCACUGCUACUGCCUCCCAAACCACGUUCGAGAUAAAGACUGCAAGUGUGUCUACGUCGAUCCAGCAGCACCUCCGAAAGUGGUAGAUCCGCCUAAGGAACCAGAACUACACUGCAAUUCUGCGAACCACGAGGUGCCCGGUUGCGUCUACCCCUGUCCCCCCGAACGAACAUGCAAGACCUUACACGACCCAGAAAUGCCGUGCCAACCGGAAAACCCCCACGUCUGCAAACCCAGGUGCCUCUGUGGAGAAGGAUAUGUGAAUAAUGGGAUCAAUGGGACUUGUAUUACUAUAGAACAGUGUAAUAAGAUUCUGUGCCCAGGCGUCGGCGAGUACUUCGCCUGCUACGGAAAGUACAUCGAUAGAUGCAACGGUCGCUGUCAGUGCGAAGAGGGGUACAAGCGAGACGGCAAUAUUUGCGUCAAAACCACAUCUACCCCCUAAUAUUUACUAUCCCCUACCGCCUCAUAGCCGCAGACCAGGGGGGUUACCAUGAAGUAGAUGGUAGACGAAUUCUCACGAAACGCUUUGCUUCUUCUUUUCUUAUGCGCACUGCCAAGGAGUGGAAUUCCUUGCCGGUGACUAUAUUUCUGAGCUCAUAUAACCCGGCAACCUUCAAAUCUUAGGGGAACAGGCAUCUUCUGGGCGA